GCCCGUCGCUACUUCCAUGAUCAUAGCUAUACAGUCUAUGAUCAUAUCGCAGAUGAGACUAGAAAAGAAGAGAUUCGGCAUUAAAAGGGAAUAAAGUCAAGAGCUGCGCGCGUAGAAUGGCGGAAGAGAGGUGAAGAUGGCCUCGGAGCUGGAGGACAAAGAGAAGGACCUCGAUGAAGAUGAGAAGGAGAGAGAGCAGGAGGAGAGGAGAGAGAGGAGGGAAAGGAGGAGGAAAAAGAGAGCAGCCGAAGUGGAGGAGCUAACCACUGCUGGACACCAGACUCUGAAACAGGGACAGACCCAGGAGGCUCUGCAGCUCUUCAGACGAGCGCUGAAGGCCGCCACCCAGCUGGGGGAGUCCCGUGUGGUGUCCGCCUGCUGUUUGAACCUGGGUGCAGCACUGGUGGAGGCUGGAGACCCUGAGUCUGGACUGGACUACCUGAGUAAAGCACAACCUGGAUCCAAGUCCCAGCGGCUCCCUGACCUCCAGUUCAACUUGGCCUUGGCCCAUAAUGCACUGGGGCAGAGGCAGAAGGCCAUAGAGCACUUCCUCCAGGCCGCACAGCUAUACAGCUCCCAAGGAAACAGCUCAGAGGAGGGACACUGCUGCUGGGAGAUGAGCCGCUGCCAUGCCCUGGAGAAGGAGCACUCGUUAGCGGUUAGCAGCUACCUACGGGCCGCUGAAAGCUACCACGUGGCUAACAUGCUGCACUCUGCUGCUGUGGCCUUAAAAGAGGCGGCCACUCAUAUGGUCAAAGCAGAGUCCAGUCCCAGCGAGGUCACUAAGGUCCUGUCCGACUGCCUCAGCCUGACCGAUGGCAUCACUGACCAAAGCAUUUUGGGUGAGCUGUACCUGUCAGUGGGUGUAAUCUUCUGUCAGGUGCGCUCCUUCCAGGAGGCAGUGCAGUGUUUCCAAAAGGCUCUAAGCCACCUGCAGGAGCGCCCCCUGCUGGCCAAAGUGCUGCUGAACCUGGGGGCAGCUCUGAACGCUGUGGGGGAGUUCAAAGCUGCUCUGGAAUACCAUCGCCUGGCUGCUAAGCUCUACGGAUUCCUGGGGCUACGUGGAGAACAGGCACAGUCCUUCAGUAACCUGGCACUGGCCUGUCGUCACCUUGGAAACGACGAGGAGGCCAUCGAGAGCUUCAACCACGCACUGCAGGGCUUCACUGACUCAGAGGAGCACAGUGCACAGGUGCAGGUGUGUGAGGCUCUGGCUGAAGUCUACCUCAAGCAAAGGAAGCAACACAAAGCCAUACAACUGUACAGACAGGCCCUGCUCUGCCUCAGCCACUGUCAGGAUUCUGAAGGUGUGGGCCAGCGGCUGGUGGAGCGGCUCACUGCUGCUCUGCGCAUCUCAGUGGCACAGAGACCACGCCCUUUUGGACAGAUCAGACCCCACCCACUGAGCCCCCUUUCCAGAAGACUGGACAUGCCAAGUCCCACAAAAGCACUGAGUCAGCAGAAAGAUGAGCCAAAAGGGGAGGAGCUAAGUGAGCCGUGGUCUGACAGGGAGCUGCACACUGACAGUGAAGUGUCAUUGGUCCAGAAGACAGAAGCUCUGCCCCCUGAGAGUCCUGAUAGUGGGCAGAUGCCUCCUCUUUUAGAGAGGCUGCGUUCCAGAUUCUGCUCGCUUAUGUGAGGCGGUGCUCACAUAUUUUUUGAAGAGGGGCGUUUUUGGAGCUUUCUACCAUGUUUAUAAUGUUCAUCAAAAACAUACCUAGAGGUUUCAGAUGUCAUCACACCUUACGGUUAACUAUGACAUUCUGUGCAAGGCUCCACCCACAAGCUUACGUCACCCAUGCUCCCACAAGACAAUUCUCCUUAAAUAUCCAACAACAUGAUAUAAA